UAAAAUAAUUAAAAAAUGGCUGAAGCAAAGAAGUUAGAUUAUAGAUGCUCACCUCGUAGGGUAUUUUCUGUUAUUUCCAAACUCAAUGGGGAUCAAAAGGAGGUAGUGAAACAAAUGGGAUUUGGGGCACUUUUGGGGAUGAAAGAUUGUGUCGUAAGAAGGAAUCUAGUGACAUGGUUGUUUUCUCGGUUCAACACCCAGGACGGGUCUUUGGAGGUUCAUGGGAAACAAUUUAAAUUGAACAGUCAAAUAUUUGGUGCUACGAUUGGUGUUAAGGAUGGUGUUGAAAAUUUAUUUCAUGGUAGCAAGAAGAAGCAUUCGAAAAAGAAGGUUGAAAGCACUGCUGUGCAAGUUCUAGAGGAGAAAUUGAUAACAGGUCAAUCGGCGGACAUGUCCUUCGUUCGAGACUUCUUGCUCUUUAUUGUCUCUGUAUUCUUGAUGCCUAAUACGUCUGUAAAUGUUGCUCGCGAAGUGGAGGAUCCUAUAAAGGCCAUAAAUGACAUUACAGCGGUUUGUCGUGUUAACUGGGCAUCACUGUCGUACAAUUAUCUAUGGAAGGCCCUUCGACGGCAUCAGAAAAACAAAGGCAUGUUUGUCGGAGGAUGCAUAUAUUUUUUACAGUUAUUUUACUGUCAUCACGUUGUUUGGAAGGAAGGAUAUGUUGAUAGAUCCCUCUGCCCUUUAAAUGUGUGGUCUGACGAUGAUUUCAAGGCUAUACUGGAUUGGGUACAGGAGCAUGGGGGGUUUGAAUCAAAUAAAAUUCCAAUGAUAGAGUUGCAGGACGGUGCUGCAGCAUCGAAGAUGCCUGCCACGCUCGCCUCUUUGUGUGAUAAGGUUGAAUCGAUUGAGAACAAAAUGAUUGAAAAGGAAAUAGAAAUGGUAAAAUUUCAUGAGGAUUUGAAGUUGCAAAUGGCCAAGGAAUUCAAACGAUUACGUAGGAGUUUGAGCGGCGGAAUCAAUUCAAGGGUGCGUGGUGGUGGUGUUCCCAAGUAUAGUAAGGGAGAGGAGCCUCGGGAUUCAGCCAUAUUAAUUAAUGACCCUAUCCUAGCAAACAUGAAAAUGGAUGAGAAUAGGAUAUUGGAGAAGCUUUCGAUUAGGAAUGACCCAAUGUUGUUGGAGUGCGGUAUAGGAUUUCGGAAUGAACCUUCUAAUGGAAACUACUCAUCCUCCUUCAACGAAAGCAACCUGGGGGAAGUGAAGCAUGACUUCAUUAAUUUUGAAUUAACAUUUUCACCACGAAAGGAGUUGUUCAAUGAGGUCCCAGCAAACACUGACCCAAAUGCUUUUUCCUGUGAACCAUCUAAUUAA